AUGCUUAGCACUUGCGGCCAGCAGACGUCUGGUAUCGACAUCCUCCACGAGACCUCCGAGAUCUUGGAGGCCUCCUACGAGAGGAUGUUCGUCUGGGUGCAGCAGCAGUGCCGUGGCCCCCGCUCGGCCGCCGUCACGAAGGGCUCGUCGACGGAGCUGGACACGCCAGCGGGGGCGACGCUGAAGCGGGUGCUGGCUUUAUUGAAGGAGCGCCCUGUGUACUUCAACCACUGUGUCAGAGAUAUCGCUCGAGUCAGGCAGCAAGCGCUCGUCCAGCGUUUCUUCGAGGCCCUCAGCCAGGGUGACGCGAGCAUCGGGACGAAACCGAUCGAGCUACAGGCCUGCGAUCCGGUGCGCUACGUCAGCGACAUGCUCGCCUGGAUCCACGUGGCCACCGCGGCGGAGCGCGAGACUGUCGCGGUGCUCAUGGGGUCAGUUGCGGCCAGCACCGCAUCUCCCAGCUCCGAGGGCACGGAAGGCGCUGGCGCUGGAGAUGCGGGUCUCACCCUCGUGAGUUUCGAGGACAUCUUGGAUUUCACCCUCGAGGGUUUGGUGCCGCCGUUCUCCAACCGCGUGAAGCAGGUGUUGGAGGCGCAGCCUUCUAUCGUCAUGGUCUACAAGGUGUCCCAGGUAUUCGCGUUCUACGCCAACACUCUAGAGGACGACCCACCUGCCCGCUCCGUGCCAGGGAUGGCGCCCUCGCGGCCAUGUGCAGGGACAUGCGCGACCGCUCCAAGCAGGCCUUCCUGGACAUGUGGGAGGCGCAGGCGACGCGGCUCCGCCAGGACCAGGCGUCGUGGGCGUCUACGUGUCGGAGCUGGCGGUGCCGCCCUUCGUCGCCGAGGCCGUGAACACCCUCAGCGAGGUGCUGCCCAUUUACAAUGA